GAUGGCGCUGAAGAUGGUGAAAGGCAGCAUCGACCGCAUGUUCGACAAGAACCUGCAAGACCUGGUGCGGGGCAUCCGCAACCACAAGGAGGACGAGAUGUCUCACACCAAGCCUUACAUCAGGAAGAAGGCAGUGUUAAUCAUGUACAAAGUGUUCCUGAAAUACCCUGAAUCCCUUCGGCCUGCAUUCCCUCGCCUUAAGGAGAAACUGGAAGACCCCGAUCCUGGGGUCCAGUCGGCCGCCGUGAACGUUAUAUGCGAGCUCGCCAGACGUAACCCGAAGAACUAUCUCUCCCUCGCUCCGCUCUUUUUUAAGCUGAUGACGUCCUCCACCAACAACUGGGUCCUCAUUAAAAUAAUCAAACUGUUCGGUGCCCUCACUCCGUUGGAACCCAGGCUGGGGAAGAAGCUGAUAGAACCCUUGACCAACCUCAUCCAUAGCACAUCGGCCAUGUCGCUCCUCUAUGAGUGUGUGAACACGGUGAUAGCAGUCUUGAUCUCUCUCUCUUCGGGGAUGCCCAACCACAGCGCCAGCAUCCAGCUGUGCGUGCAGAAGCUGAGGAUUCUCAUAGAAGAUUCGGAUCAGAACCUAAAAUAUUUGGGGCUGCUGGCCAUGUCCAAGAUCCUGAAGACUCACCCCAAGUCCGUCCAGUCUCAUAAGGAUCUCAUCCUCCAGUGCUUGGACGACAAGGACGAGUCCAUCCGCCUCCGCGCCUUAGAUCUUCUCUAUGGAAUGGUGUCGAAAAAGAACCUGAUGGAGAUAGUGAAGAAGCUGAUGAUCCACGUGGACAAGGCCGAAGGGACGACCUACAGGGACGAGCUGCUGACCAAAAUCAUCGACAUCUGUAGCCAGUCCAAUUACCAGUACAUCACCAACUUUGAAUGGUACAUCAGCAUCCUGGUGGAGCUGACCCGGCUGGAGGGCACUCGCCAUGGGCACCUCAUCGCCUCCCAGAUGCUGGACGUGGCCAUCCGCGUGAAGGCCAUCCGCAAGUUCGCCGUGUCGCAGAUGGCCACGCUCCUGGACAACGCCCACCUGCUGGCCAGCAACACCCAGCGGAACGGGAUCUGCGAGGUGCUCUACGCCGCCGCCUGGAUAUGCGGGGAGUUCUCCGAUUAUUGCAAAAAUGGGGGUUGCGUGAGAUGGGUUCUUUUUGGUUCAGCAUUGACCUCCUCCCCUUCAUGGCCUGGCUCUUCUGCACCUUUGUGUUUCCAGAAUGCUCUGCCCAGCGACGAGGACGACAAAGACCCCAACGAUCCCUAAGCACUGGACAUCGACCUGGACAAGCCUUUAGCAGACAGCGAGAAGCUCCCCGUUCAAAGGCACAGGAACGCCGACGGCCUGAAGUCCCCACAAGAUGCAGAAGCUCCCCCUGUAGAGAAGAAGAGCAAGAAGCCAAAGAAGAAAGAGAAAAAACACAAAGAGAAAGAGAGGGAGAAAGAGAAGAGGAAAGAGCGGGAGAAGAAAACGGAGGACGAAGAGAAAAAGCCUGACGAUGACAUGGACUUCUGGCUUUCGGAUGCUCCUGCUGCAGCCACGGAAGCAGAGAGUAAGGCGAGCGUGGACUUGGCAGAACCCGGAGAACCAGAGGAAGCCAAGAAGGAGGGGCAAGAGGAAGAGGCGGAGGAAGAAGGCGAAGGGAAGAAAUCCGCCAAGCACAAGAAGAAGAAGCAUAAAAAGGAGGAGAAGUCCAAGGACAAAAAGAAGUCCAAGAAGCACAGUGGGGAGGAGCUGCUGCCUCCGGAGUCUGUGCAGAAUGGGACCCUGGAAGACGAGCCUCUGCCGCCUAUGUCGAGUUACCGUCUUCUCGCUGAAAAUACAUACAUCACCAUGACCUAUGACAUCCAAGGGAACCUCCAGCACGACAGCCAGGUCACCGUCUCCGUGAUCUUCGAGAACAAGAGCAGCAGCUUCCUCAAGAGCAUGGAGCUCAACGUGUUGGACUCCCUGAACACAAAGAUGCUCCGACCAGAAGGCUCUUCGAUACACGACGGCAUCCCCGUUCCUUUCCAGUUGCCUCCUGGGGUCUCGAAUGAAGCUCAGUUUGUCUUCACUCUUCAGAGUAUCAUCAUGGCCCAGAAGCUAAAAGGAACCCUGUCUUUCAUAGCAAAAGACGACGAAGGUUCAACCCACGAAAAACUAGAUUUCAAGUUGCACUUCAGUUGCGCCUCUUACCUGAUCACGACGCCUUGUUACAGCGACGCUUUUGCCAAGUUGCUGGAGUCCGGGGAUUUGCACGGCAGCUCUAUUAAAGUGGACGGCAUCACCUCCCCCUUCCAUCACGUCUUGGCAAAAAUAUGCUUCUACCAUCACUUCUCAGUCGUGGAGCGAGUCGAAGCCUGUGCGUCCAUGUACAGCCGUUCCAUCCAGGGCCAUCAUGUCUGCCUGCUAGUGAAAAAGGGAGAGAAUUCUGUGUCGGUGGAUGGGAAGUGUGACGAAUCUACUCUGCUGAGCAACCUGCUGUUGGAACUCAAGGAGACUCUUUCACAGUGCUGAAGCCUCUUGGAGGAAACCGGUGCAGCCUCCCACUUCUCCCCCCCCCCCCCCAGAUCAGCUCAUGGACUGACCCCUGCCGAGCAUUCGGUUUCUCCUUCCUCAUCUCUCCUUACGUGCGCAUGUACAAUGCCCAGGACGUGUGUGUGUGUGUGUGUUUCACUUUCACUCCACCCUGGGUUGUUCUUCCCCCCCCCCCAUCCGUUUUGUUGCCGUUUACACAUCCCACAGCUGUACUCCUACCCCCUCCUGUCCCCCCCCCUCCGUUUCAGACUCUUAGACCGCUCGUGGCACGAGCUUCCCCCCCCCCCCCCCUUCUAGCUGACCGGCGAGAUCUCUGCCGUCGAUGCCUCUCUGUCAUGGGCGGGCCAGUUCUGCAAGGCGUCGUAGGGGCAGCUUGUGAAAAACACCGGCCCGCGGCCUCAGUUGCCUUCUACUGUGGCGGGGGCCCAUCUGAUGCAAACCCGCCCCCCAUCUCCCCUUGUGGUCCUUGGGAAGGAAAAAAAAAAAUUGGGGAUUGACCGCAGUUCAUUUCCACGGUACCCAACUGGGUCUUCCCCUUUGUAGGAAAGCAUCUCUAACUGCACGUCCCGGGAUGGACCAGAUGCUUCUGCUCCACCCCCACCCCCACCCCGCUUCCUGCCAUGGGAUUUCUGCUGGUGCACUCUGUGAUGUCCACUUGAAAUAAUCACAUUCCUGAAAACAAAGUAGAAUGUAGCAAACGAGAACUGGAGAUCCAAAGGCUUUUGUUUUUCCAUUUUUGGGUUCUGUUUUCCCCCUCCCCUUUCUUCUUUCGCUCUCCCCGGCUUGCUGCGUGAGAUUGACCACCACCAGGCAGAGACUGUCCCAGCGAGUUGUGUUCUUCUUCAGUGACGCAUUCUCCGGGCUCCAUGUUUCAAAAGUCCGAGGCAGCCCUCGAGAAGGGUGAAUUUGUGCUGCUCCCAUCUCCCAUGCGUCGGUGGUGCCGUGUUCUGAGGUUGAAAACGACAGAACGGUAUAGGAUACAAGCAAGUGGACAACUUGAAAAUUCUACCUUCGGCUGGAAACUUCAUUCCCCUUCUCGCUCCACUCCCCUUUCUGCCGCAAACCUUUUUUUUUUUGUCGCCCAAGAGUGGGACGACUUAACGGUUACUUAAGCCUGGGUAGAGAGGAACUCUAGAUGAAGUAAACCUCUCCCAACCCAUCCGCACUUAAAGUUAAAAGAAUGCACCGAGUAAGAGUCAGUAUUGAGCAGGGUGCCCGCCUGGAUUAGAGCCCUAGAUACAUGGGAGGAGGGAGCUGAAAGGGAAAAGCUUGGAAGGAAGCGUCGUUUUCGUCACCCGACUUGGUUUGUGCUUUUGCUUCAAGACAUCUGGUGCCUCAAUACAUUUUUCUGCGGCUCGGGGUAAUCCCCCACCCCCCAAAAAUAUAUUCAUCGUAGCGUGUCUGCUGAGAUCAGCUCUGUCUUUACUCUGUGACGGAACUUGAUUUCUCACAAGAAAUCCGGGUCUCUUUCUCCUCACUGAAGCCCACGGCCGCUUUUGGGUGUGUUUGGUCAGCGUCAACGGAUGCAUUCGGCUACGUUUCGGGGGAGGCAGCAGCUCGGGCUUAUUCGGAAAUCAUCCCAAAAAAAUUUAAAUGCUCCUUGGAAUUAGUGGAUUUAAAUAUAUAUAUAUAUAUAUAUACACACAUCUAUAUAUAUAUUCCUGGAUGAAAACUGUCACUUUAGCAUGUCGAGUCUGUUCUCUUACAGAACCCUGUGCGGUGAUUCUAGAAACUCCCCCCCCCCCCGAGAACUUGUAUGAAGUGUUAUAUUUAAAAAAGAGAAAAGAAUUCCUUAUUUGCUAUUGACAUUCCCCCGAGAGAGAGAGAAGGAAAUAAAACACACACACAUACCAAGAAGCUGCUGUAACAAAAAUUUUUGUGUCAGGAUGAUCCAAUAAAAUUUCAAAUCUA